GAAAGAACAUUCCUGACAGGAGAAUUUCGUGAAACUUUCGUAGGGGCAGCUGCACAGCGCACCCUUGAAAGUCAAGGGAUGAAAAACGAAAGGCAGACUUUACAGCAGAAAUAAAACCCCACGCUCGCGGUGUUACUAGGUACCAAAUGAAUGCGUCCUUUCUGAUGACUCAGUCAAAGCCUGCCUACAGACAACUACCGGUGUAGUGUAAAUAAGUAUCAGAGGGACAGAGAGUAAUUUUAGUUAUCUGUCCAUGCGCAUCGGUAGAAUAUAGCGAAUAUUUGGCUUGUCUGUGCAUGCAGUAGUUGAUCAGUUCUUACUAAGCGCUCCCUUAAUGACAUCAUGGACUAGUUAGGUGAAGGGAUGUUUCCGCAGCCACCAGAGUGACAAAGAUCUUCUAUAUUACAAAUACGGGUAGCAUAGAAUAGCGAUACUUUCUCACUGAGUGAGAAUGUGAAACAGAACUGCUUCUUUUACUAUUCCGAUGUGGGCAAUUUGCUGCAGCUUUAUCCCAUUGGGAAAAACUACAGCACGUUUGCCAAUCCCCAGCCACACCCCGGAAAUGAAGUAACAUAAUUCAUCUUAAUCCUGGCCGAGCCGCACUGAAAUGCAUAGGGUUGGAUAAGUGCGAUUUUUUUUGUAUUUAUCAGCAAAACAUGCUUAAAAGGUCAAACAACCCAUGACAUCUCUGGCAGAAGAUGGCAGAAAUUACCUGGAAGGAGAUAGUCCUGGUGGUUGGUGUGGUCGUGGCCUGUUACUGGAACAGCUUGUUCUGCGGCUUCGUUUUUGACGAUGUCUCCGCUAUUCUGGAUAACAAAGACCUGCGACCCUCUACGCCACUGAAGAACCUGUUCCACAAUGAUUUCUGGGGGACCCCUAUGACUGAAGAAAGGAGCCACAAGUCUUAUCGACCUCUGACAGUCCUCACGUUUCGAAUAAACUACGUAUUCAGUGAGCUCAGUGCAAAGUCAUACCAUCUCCUGAACGUGGUUCUUCAUGCAGUGGUCUGUUUAAUAUUCCUGCGGGUGUGCAGGCUUUUUUUGGAUCAGAAGUCAAGCUUGGUAGCAGCCUUGCUUUUUGCUGUUCAUCCAGUACACACAGAAGCAGUUACUGGUGUAGUCGGUAGAGCUGAACUUUUAUCAUCUAUAUUUUUAUUAGCUGCAUUUCUGUCCUAUACCAAAUCCAAAGGGCUGGACAAUUCAAUUGUUUGGACUCCCAUUGCAUUAAGUGUGAUUUUAGUUGCUUGUGCAACAUUAUGCAAGGAGCAAGGGAUAACUGUCAUUGGAAUAUGCUGUGUCUAUGAAGUAUUUGUAGUACAAGGGUUUACCUUGCCUCAUCUGUGGGACACAGUGUUGGGGAUUCUUCGAGGAAAAGAUGAUCUUCCAUAUUCAUUGCUGCAGACUUUACUCAAGCUCAUUGUUCUUAUGUUUAGCACUUUACUGUUGGUCAUUGUUAGGGUACAAGUUAUUCAGUCGCAGCUACCCGUCUUUACCAGAUUUGAUAAUCCUGCAGCAGUUAGUCAGACUCCUGCAAGGCAGCUCACGUUUAACUACCUGCUGCCUGUGAAUGCAUGGCUGCUUCUGAACCCAUCAGAGCUGUGUUGUGAUUGGACAAUGGGAACUAUUCCACUGGUGGAGUCUUUAUUGGAUAUGAGAAACCUUGCCAUAGUCGCCUUCUACUCUGUCUUGGGACUGAUGGUGCAUCACGGUGUCCGAUAUUCUGUGGACUCUUCCAAAACAGUCAUUAUGGCACUGUCUUUAAUUGUGCUGCCAUUUAUUCCUGCAUCAAAUCUGUUCUUCCCGGUGGGAUUUGUGGUUGCGGAAAGAGUCCUCUAUGUACCCAGCAUGGGCUUCUGCAUUUUAGUGGCACAUGGAUGGAGAAAAACCACUAAGAGCCGUAAUCUGAAAAAACUCUCUUGGAUUGGUAUGGCAAUUAUACUUGCUACUCAUGCAGUCAAAACAGUUCACAGAAAUUGGGACUGGGAAUCUGAAUACACACUGUUCAUGUCUGCAUUAAAGGUCAAUAAAAACAAUGCCAAGCUUUGGAAUAAUGUAGGACAUGCGUUGGAGAAUCAGAACAAUUAUGAAAGAGCUUUAAAAUAUUUUCUACAGGCUACAAGGGUUCAGCCAGAUGACAUAGGUGCCCACAUGAAUGUAGGAAGAACAUAUAAAAACCUAAAUCAAACCAAAGAAGCCGAGGAUGCCUACAUGAUUGCAAAAUCACUCAUGCCACAGAUCAUCCCAGGCAAGAAGUAUGCAACCCGUGUUGCCCCCAACCAUCUAAAUGUCUACAUAAACCUUGCAAACUUAAUUCGUGCAAAUGAAUCACGCCUAGAAGAAGCUGACCAGCUGUACCGGCAAGCUAUCAGUAUGAGACCAGACUUCAAACAGGCUUACAUCAGCAGAGGAGAACUGCUACUUAAGAUGAAAAAGCCAUUGGAAGCAAGAGAUGCCUAUCUGAGAGCCCUGGAGUUGGACAGAACCAACGCAGACCUGUGGUACAACCUGGCCAUUGUUAACAUUGAAAUGAAAGAGCUCUCGGAAGCUCUGAAAAAUUUCAACCAGGCAUUAGAACUGAACACCAAGCAUAAACUAGCACUCUUCAAUUCUGCUCUGUUGAUGCAGGAGUCUGGUGAUGCUAGACUCAGACCAGAGGCCAAACAAAGAUUUCUAAUCUAUGUCGAGCAAGACCCCGACGAUGCAAACGGGUACUUUAACCUUGGCAUGCUUGCCAUGGAUGACAAUAAAAAUGAAGAGGCAGAACGGUGGAUGAAAAAGGCCAUAAAGAUGCAAUUAGGCUUUAGGAGUGCACUGUUUAAUCUGGCCCUUCUCUAUUCUCAGACCGGUAGGGAGCUGGACGCCUUACCUGUUCUGAAUGAAUUGUUAGUUUACUAUCCUGAACAUGUUAAAGGCCUGAUCCUCAAAGGUGACAUCCUGAUGAAUCACAAAAAGGACACCGAGGGAGCCAAGGAAUGUUUUGAGAGGAUUCUCCAAAUGGACCCCAACAACGUUCAAGGGAAACACAACCUGUGUGUGGUUUAUUUCGAAGAGCGUGACCUCCUGAAGGCUGAGAGGUGCCUGGUGGAGACCCUGGCCUUGGCACCCCAUGAAGAGUACAUCCACAGGCACUUGAGCAUAGUCCGGGGGAAAAUUGCUGCUCUGAGUGCUGCAGGCCAGCAAGUAUCUCCAGCAGAUGGUGCUUCAAGCCCAGCAGUGGAGGAAAAAAAAACUCCAUUGGAAAAGGGAAAGAAUGACAAGAAUACACAGAAAGCUUCCCCUGCCAAAAAGCCCAGUCAGAGCAAAGAACAAUCAAAAAAACUGCUAGAGGAAAGCCACCCUGACAAGAGGACUAAAAUCAAAUCUACCAAGGAAAUGAAGGAGAUUGAAAAGAAAAGGGCUGCUGCCUUGAAGAGACUGGAAGAGAUUGAACGUAUUUUAAGUGGCGAUUAACCACUUUCAAUCUUUUGAUUUUAAAAUGUUCACAUUCUUUCUUUGCCAUUGUGCAGUUUUUGUCCUUUUGAAAAUCAUUUCCAUUGUAGUUUUAAACUGGUACAGUAUUACAGGUGGUAAUGCCAGUUGAUAAUGUGUUUUUUUUUUUGUUUUUUUUUUAAACAUGCAACAUGUUAGUCAUCAGAAACAAGAAACUGCCUUGCAGGUGUAAAUGAUCAUAUACUGUAUAAACUAUUGUUGAGGUGUGGGUUUGUUUUUCCCCAGUUUUUUAGUAUUUAUAUUGUUUCUUGUGACUGAAGUUUAUCUUGGACAAUCUGUAGCUAUUAUAUUGCAUAAUACAAUGCAUCAUUCAGUUUAAAACCUGCAGAUUAUGAAACAUUUAAUUUACCUAAAACACUAUGCUUAUGUGUCCUAACAUGCUUUAUUUUAUGUCUAUGUAUUUUACCUUAAAUUGUGUGCUUUUUUGUAAAUGUAUUUGAUUAACUGAAAUGUAUAAAUGUUGUUGUUUUA